AUGAGGAUCGAUUCAGACACGGAGUCCGCUUCGGCAGAGGAGAUUUACGUCACGGGAUCUAGCGUGGAAUCAACGCCUAGGUCAGAUGCCGAUUCUUCUAGCGUGAAUCGGAGUGAUCAGACCCCUGAAAGGGUGGGGGAGGCCUCUGCUACGCCGAGCAGACUUGAGGAUUCGCCGAUCGUCGACAAUGUCAACGCGAGAUCGGCGCAGUCCCCGGUUGUUACUCCGAGUCUCGAGAUGAGGAUGUUGGACGACUUGCCGUUUUCGACGCGUUUAGAGGAUACGCGUGCUCGAUGCUCGGCCGCGUCUGUCCCGGCAGCCGUGCAGAUGGAAACGGUCGAGGAGGCCCGGGCUCGUUCGGCAGCAUCCAGGAAAGCUGGGAUCGCCGAGAGGAAGAGGGCGGCUGAGAUUGCCGAGGGGAAGAGGAAAAUGUCUGCUCAAAACGAGGAGGCAGCCGAGGUCGCCAGGAAGAAGAAGGAAGCCGAGAUCACCAAAGAGAAGAAAGACGCGAUCGCCAAGGAGAGGAAGGCUUCGAUAGCCAAGGGGAAAAGGGCUGCUGAAAGGGCUGCGGUUCGGCAGAGAGAAAAGGCCAACCCCGGCGGUCAGGGGGAACUCGAAGCUGAGCCGAAACAGCCAAAGGUGAAGAGGAAGCCGACGGAUCUGAGGAAUCUGGGAGAGUCAUUGUACGAUCGACGAUCUCUUGAUGGUUCGUCGUGA